GGACAAAGUGACGGUCGGUGAUGAAAUCGAUCGGUUUAAAUAGCUCCAUCUUUGCAGGGUCAUGGCGCUUCACGUGACCGUCCCGCUUGAAGCGGCAUGCGUUUCGCGUGCACUGCAGGUAUUCUGUCUACAAAAUUUUGGGACGGCCGUGCACAAAACAUUGAGGCUACAUGUUUUCUACAACUUGUUCCAAAGAGAAUGAAUUGUCGGCGCAUUACGUUUUUAUAAUUUAAAGCGUGGAAUAAAGCACAAAAAUGUCUGAACCAGUACCCGGAACUCUGAGAUUUAUGAAGCAAUCUCACCACACUCAUCCCAGAAAUCCAUUAUCGCAGAGUGAUAAGUCGCUGAAAAAACAACCCGCCCGGAAUCAGUUGAACGCAAUGAGUUGGCGAAUAAGAGCGCGAUACCGUGAUACUAUUCUGCAUAACAGCAUUUUCAGUUUGCAUGUUGAGCCGGAUCCAGCGUUUCUCGUUUGGUUAGAAGAAAACCUUACGUUGAUGGGACAAGAAGUGGAUUCUGCCCUUCGUAACCUUCAGAAAUUAGCAGAUGAUAAUGACGAAUUCUCGAGUCCCUAUCUGUCCGAGGCCAGUCACAAGUUAUGUUCUCUUGUACUUUCUAUUCUUCGUAGUCCUAAUCAAACUAGGUUGCUUGGGUACUACUUAAACUGGCUAAUCGGUCAUUGGUUUCACGUUUGCCUUCUUCACAUACUUCGCGGUUGGUUGUAUCGUGCUUCCAAGGAUAGACAGUUCUUUCAUUCCUCUGUGAAUCCCCAAACGCUGGAGGAGCUCCUUGUUCAGCACAAUCAAUAUCCUCCUUUGCAUGAUUGUUGCUCGUUGGCUAAUGAGGCCAGUGAGUGCGGAUUACGAAUUAUAAAACAUCUUUCCGUCAGCCGCAUCAACUUUAUCUGUCAUCCAGCAACUGCCUGCCAGUUAUACGAGGGCCUACAGAAACUAGCAUACCCGAGUUGUGGACAAGGCGUACCGAGGAACACAAACACACAUUUACCGAGUCUCUCACUGGUAAUAUUGCUAGAGGCUCAGGCUUUAUCUACCAACCGUGUGAUUCGUCAGUUUCGAGGUUGUAUACAAACGAUCCUUCACAGUUCGCCACGAGAAAAAAUUGCCAUGGGACGACGCAUCAGCAGUGAUGUUUCAUUUUACGAGAAGCAUUCUGACCGCUGUUUCCUCCUGGCGGGUAUGGUUACCUUGACACUUCUUCUUUGGUUUUUAUUAGCUCUUCAUUACUUACUCACUAUUCUGCCAGAAAGGUUAAGGUAUCUUCAUUUUUCCGUGGAGUCAGGAGAAAGUGAACACGCGAUUCAAAGUUCUCUAUUAACCUACUGUCUUGUCAGUCCUCUGUGUGUCUUUUUGAAUCUGCAAUUACGUCUUUAUUUUGCGCAUUUCUUUAUAACCCACCUACCGCUCACCUUAAGCCGGACCGAAAAGCCUAGUUGUCUUCACACACGCACGUCGUCACAUUCCCAUGUCCAUAAAAUCCGGCUUGAGAUCUAUUACACUUGGCAACACUUUGAGAUUUAUGAGUUUCGGUUGGUGCAAAUCUACCAACAGUUGUGUUCACAGAUGAGACAGAGCGGGAUUUGUGUCACCACAAUCUCAGUGUAACGGCGCUUUGGAAACAAAUGAGCCAAACCACCGUGCUCUGUGAAUGUUCGAACGAUCGACUUUCAGCGUUCAAAUGUUCAGAUGCCUUCGGUUUGGUCCCGUCAAAAACUGGUAUGUUCUCACCAAAAUUUCACUGCAAUUAUUUGAAGCAUGUGGACAUUGCUCCGAUUUCCAUCCUGACGCUGUGGUGUAUGCAAUCGAUACAUCUUUGUUAUUUGGGCAAUAGCAUUCUAAAUCCUCAUUUGUUGAACGCGUUUAAAACGAGCAAGUAGCUUCUAAUGGAACAAUGGUUUUAUACAGGUAAAAAGCUAAUGCUUAACAGGUCCCGUAGGAUGGUUUUGGUGAAACUUCAAAACAUAAAAAUUUGCUAGC